AUGUCAAGGUCAGAGGUGACAGGUCAUACUAGCUCGAAAGUGAUGGUGACAUUAUCAUCAGUUGUGUGUUUCAUCAAGGAACAGAAUAGCACUGUAGUCACAAAGCUUCCUCUCUCUGUCAGUGGAUUCAUUCAAUCUUAUUUGAGAGGGAGCUAGGGCUUGAUGCAAUCUGAGGGAAUUGUUUGUAUGUGUGAUGUAGAUACUGGGAUGCAGUCUGACGGUUCUGCGUAUCAAAUUGCACCCUAGUCCCUAUAAAGUGCACUUCUUUUGACCAGAGCCCUAUGGGCCCUGGUCAAAAGUAGUGCAAUAAAUAGGGAAUGGGGUGCCUUUUGGGAUGCAGUCUGAUGGUGCUGCACUCCAGCUGUGGCUUAUCCCAAGGUAAUAAAAAUGGAACAAAUCAACUCAGUAAUCCUUCCUCAGCUCGCCAUUGUUCUUGGAACCAUGCAACAACAACAAAAAACAGAUCUUCUUCUUAGUAUGCAAUGCAGUAAUGUCAGAGCUGAAGAAUCCAGCCUUCUCUCAAUGUCUCUAAUGUCACAUUUCUAUCACAGGGUUUUAGCCUACACUGGUGCUAGGCCUAAAGACUCAGACCUUUGGGUUUCCACUCCUGAGGCCUAAAUGUGACAUGUUAUUGUGUGAGACUGAGACUGAGGCCUCACCCAUUCUCUCUUGUCUUUUUCUCACCAGGUUUCCCUGAUUUUCCAGGGAGUCCUCAGCGAUGGAGGUGCUACAGUGCGAUGGCUGUGACUUCCGUGCUGAGUCGUACGACGACCUCAAGACCCACAUCCAGGAUGUACACACAGCCUUCCUGCAGCCCACGGAUGUCGGAGACGGAGAGGGGGACGGGAGUCCCUGCCAGUCCAGGUCAGACUCUCUGAACUCCCUCAACCAGACAGAGGGGGAUGAGGAAGAGCAGAAUAAAUCUCCACAAACUGAAACGGGUAAGAGCACUGCAUCAACUGUGAUGUUUAUGGAUAAAUUAUUAUGAUUAAGGUUAGGAUUAUUAUGCUAAAGAUAAUGAUUGUUAUUAUUAUUAAUGAUAUUGAUAUAAUAUGUAUAGACAUAUGUCUUAUACUUUGCAUACAGUGCCUUCAGAAAGUAUUCAUACCCCUUGACUUAUUGCCAAUUUUUUUGUGUUACAGCCUGACUUCAAAAUGGAUCAAUUAGAUGUAUUUUCUCACCCAUCUACACACAAUACCCCAUAAUGACAAAGUGAAAACAUGUUUUUAGACCUUUUAGCAAAUGUAUUGAAAAUGAAAUACAGAAAUAUGUAAUUUACAUAAGUAUUCACAUCCCAAUCAAUACUUAGUAGUUUUUCUAGAUAAAAAAGAAAACUACCUCAAAAUCUGGGGGCUCCCGAGUGGCGCAGCGGUCUAAGGCACUGCAUCGCAGUGCUUGAGGCGUCACUACAGACCCGGGUUCGAUCCCAGACUGUGUCGCAGCCGGCUGCGACCAUGAGGCGGCGCUCAAUUGGCCGGGUUAGGGGAGGGUCAUGUUUUGGAGGACACAUGGCUCUCGACCUUUGCCUCUCCCGAGUCCGUACAGGAGUUGCAGCGAUGGAACAAGACCGUAACUACCAAUUGAGGAGAAAAAGGGGUAAAAAGUAAAACAUCUAUAUAAAAACAUCUAUGGCAAGACCGGAAAAUGUCUAUCAAUGAUCAACAACCAAUUUGACAGACCUUAAAAAUAAUGAGCAAAUGUUGCACAAUCCAGUUGUGGAAAGCUCUUAGAGACUUACCCAGAAAGACACAGCUGUAAUCGCUGCCAAAGGUCCUUCUACAAAUUAUUGACUCAGGGGUGUGAUUUCUUAUGUAAAUGAGAUAUUUCUACAAACAUGUUUUUACUUUGUCAUUAUGCGGUAUUGUGUGUAGAUGGAUGAGGAAAACAAUCCAUUUUGAAUUAAGGCCGUAACACAACAAAAUGUGGAAUAAGUCAAGGGGUAUGAAUACUUUUAGAUAUUUUAAUUAACAUUGAUAUUAAUAUUUAAGGAAAGACUGUUUUAACAUCUAUUUUUUCCUAUUUUUUUCAUUGGCCACUCCUUUGAAACAGACUUUUCAAGUUCGAACCAAAUGCCAUACAACAAGUCAGCAAACCAUCCCAACAAAACUGCAAACCAGUUAUUCCAGUGCAAGAUCUGUGUCCGUUACUUCAGAUCAAAAUCUUUGUUGUCUGAACACACCAAGAAGGUACAUGGAACCUCACUAAGUGGCGGGAACUCACCAGCCUCCCAGACGUCCAAACAGUCCAACUAUAACAUCCUUAUCCAUGACAGUAUUGGGAAAGUGUUCUCCUGCCAGUAUUGUACAUACAAGUCUCCACGCAAAGCCAGGAUCCUGAAGCACCAGAAGAUGUAUCAUAAAGGAAAUCUGGACCCCCCAGAAUCUCUGUCUGAGGCUGUUGAUGACUCUGAGGCAUUAUCGUCCGAGGAACCCAGUGAGGAACUAGCAGAGGAUGUGGUAGAGUGUGGUAUACUAGAGUCCAUGGUUAAACCUCUCGGGAAGUCAAGGGGAAACCAAACGCUUCGAAGAGAGUGGUGUAACAACAUGAUGAAAAAGCACCGCAACAUGGUGAAAAUGAUUUCAACCAUCCAGCCGGGUGGAGAAGGAGAAGGAAGCACAGGCUCUUCUAAAUCUGAUUCCCCCUCCUCCCCCAGAAGCCCUUCUAACUCCAAAAUGGUUUUCAAUGACCUGAGUGGCAAUGAAGCCUCCUCGGUAAUCAACUCCUCGGUUUUCAAGCUCAACAAGCCCGCCUCUGGGAUAUCACCCUAUCAGUAUUCCCAGAUCCAAUCGGUAGCGCCCAACAGCACGGGAUCCUCCAUUUUGUCUGACAGGUCCACCUUCUUCAUGUCCGAUGUUUCCAACUCUGCCAUGGAGAUGGAUUCAAGCAUGCUUGACGACUCCAGGAGCAGCUCUGAGGAAGACGACGAGGAACUGGGUGAUGAGGAUGAUUCCAAUUACACCGACCCCUUGUCAGCUGUAGAUUCUGCUAAGCAGCUUCUGUCCGAAGAGGAUAACAAGAUGCUGGAGACUAAAGGGAUACCAUUCAGAAGGUACAUGAAUAGGUUCCAGUGUCCCUUCUGCUCUUUCCUCACCAUGCAUCGCAGAAGCAUCUCCCGUCACAUUGAGAACAUACAUCUAUCUGGGAAGACGACGGUAUACAAGUGUGAUGAGUGCCCCUUUAUCUGCACCAGCCCUCUCAAGUUAGGCACGCACAAGCAAAGUCACUCCUUAGACUGGGACACCAUGGACCUGACCAGUGAAAGCCCAGGUCCUCAGAAUAACGUUACAACAGAAUCAGUGAACGGAGGACACGUUGCUGCUUCCAAAGUCAAUGGGAAAAAGCUAAGUAAUGUGGGCAAUGAUCUAAACCAGCAAAAUCCUCACCGCUGUACACUCUGUAGCUUCUCGACCACCACGCUGAAAGGGCUGCGAGUUCACCAGCAACACAAGCACUCCUACUGUGACGACAUGCAAGCUGCCAACUUGGAGGGCUCUACAAACGAGCAACAGGACUCAGAAAUGGAAACAUUCUCCAGUUCUCCGAGCCAGGUACAAAAAACCCAAACUUCAAUUCUAGGACUUGGAUCCAAAAAGCACUUAACUGGAAAAACUGCAAGAAAGUCCAUCAAUGAUCUACCUUUGGAUCUGUCUCCAGUCAAGAAGAGAACUAGGAUUGAUGAAAUCGCCAACAAUCUUCAGAGCAAGAUCAGUCAGCAACAGGAGGAUCUGGUGAUUAAUCUGGAAGAAAUGGAUGAUGAAGAGGAAGGAGAGCUCAACAUUCAUGAAGAUGCAGGCAGAGACAAGGAGGAGAACAACAGCGAGAGUAAAAAUCAUGGCUAUGUUUACAACAAGAUUUACGAAGGCCGGGUGGGGAAAAGAAAAAGAACCCUCACGUCAAAGCUAAGAAACAUUCCCAUCGCGAUGACACUCUCUGACGAUGAGGACAAUGAGUCUGCUGAUCCUAAAGUGGAUCUCCAAGACCAGAGCAGCCAAGACAGCCGGGACACUUCUUUCCAGGAGAACCUGGACUAUACAGAGGACUCUGGGAUGGCACGCUUCUAUUGCAAGCACUGUGACUACCAUAACAAGUCAGCCCGCAGUGUGAGCACCCACUACCAGAGAAUGCACCCCUACAUUAAGUUUAGCUUUAGAUACAUCCUCGACCCUGAGGAUCAAAGUGCCGUCUUCCGUUGUCUGGAGUGCUUCAUUGAAUACACCAACUUCAACAACCUUCAUGAGCACUACAUGGAUCACCACCCAGAAGCCAGCAACGUGCUGAACUUCAACCAGCCGGAUUUGGUGUACAUGUGCCGCUUUUGUUCGUACACAAGUCCAAACGUCAGAAGCUUGAUGCCCCAUUACCAAAGAAUGCACCCUGAGGUGAAAAUAAACAAUGCUAUGAUCUUCUCGAGUUACGUGGUGGAACAGCAGCACAAGGGAGCAGAAUCUCAAACGCUGAGAGAAAUUUUAAAUUCCGGUCCCAAGAGUUUCACAUGUAGCUCCUCCACUUCCACACCCAAGUCCUCGUCCAGUCCUGUGCUCAAAAGUGUUGCAAAGACACAAGAUUCAAGCUCCGAGACGGAGGCCCUGAAAGAGGUUGGUAAUGUUGUGGUCUAUGACUGUGACAUGUGCUCCUUUGCUAGCCCUAACAUGCACUCUGUAUUGGUUCACUAUCAGAAAAAGCACCCAGAGCAAAAGGCCUCAUAUUUCCGCAUUCAGAAAACCAUGAGAGUUAUCACAGUCGAUAGGCCACAGUCAGCAGGCAACUCUUCUUACAAUGUCAAUAUACCAACCCCUGCUAAGUCGCCAAGCGCCGCCAUGCCAUUUGGUACAGAUGAGGAGAUAUACUACUGUAAACAUUGUGUGUACAGCAACCGCUCUGUAGUGGGAGUUCUUGUCCAUUAUCAAAAGAGACAUCCAGAAAUAAAGGUGACAGCGAAAUACAUCAAGCACGCCGCUCCCACCCCUGGGUUGAUGAAACUAAUGGAUGAGCUUCAGAUUGCACCCCCAAAGCAGUUUCUCAAACAGUUCAACAACAACGGAUUUGAUGGGUCCAGCAAUUCUCACGCUAGAGUUGGCACAGAGAAAGGAGAAGCAGAGAUGCUUUUCUUCUGUCAGCAUUGUGACUACGGGAACCGCACUGUAAAAGGAGUGCUUAUUCACUACCAGAAGAAGCACAGGGAUGCAAAGUCCAAUGCUGACCUUGUACGCCGACACACUGCAGUGGUCCGCAGUCAACGAGAGCGAGUGCAGAUGGGCCAGUCAGGCACUGCCGCCUCUGCCAUAGCCCCUGCUGCUCCCACCGAGACUGAGACAUCCUCCGGAGCUCUUCGCUCACUGAAGUGCAGGAACUGCUCUUAUACAUCUCCAUAUGUGUACGCAUUAAAGAAGCACCUGAAGAAGGAUCAUCCUACUGUGAAGGCUACAGCCAUGACCAUUUUACACUGGGCUUACCAAGACGGCAUCCUGGAGGCUGGUUAUCACUGUGAGUGGUGCAUCUACUCCCAUGCGGAACCCAACGGGCUGCUAAUGCAUUACCAAAGACGCCACCCAGAGCACAAUGUUGACUACACGUACAUGGCCAGCAAGCUGUGGGCGGGGCCUGAUACUACCGCCUCCCAACCAGGGGGGAACCCUGGGGACAGUAAGCACUACCAAUGCAGAGAUUGUGCCUUCGAGGCGUGCUCCAUCUGGGAUAUUACCAACCACUACCAAGCUGUCCACCCCUGGGCCGUCAAAGGGGAUGAGUCUGUGCUAUUGGACAUAAUCAAAGGUCCAAGGUCCCAAGAGAAACUCCACCCCUCAAUGGCUAAAGGACCACCUUUCACUUUUCUUCCGACUGCUCAUGAUGAAGGACCACUGGAUAUCCCUACGCCACCUCAAGAGCACCAACACCACCAAUACCAUCCCAGGCUCUCCCACACAAGCACCUCAAUCGCCAACAACCCCUACCAGUGCACUGUAUGUCUGUCUGAGUAUAACAGCCUACAUGGACUUCUGACACACUAUGGCAAGAAACACCCAGGCAUGAAAGUCAAGGCGGCUGACUUCGCACAGGAAGCUGACAUAAAUCCAAGUUCGGUUUACAAGUGCCGACACUGUCCAUAUGUGAACUCACGCAUCCAUGGAGUUCUUACUCAUUACCAGAAGAGGCAUCCAUUGGUGAAAGUCACCGCUGAGGAUUUUGCGGAUGACAUCGAGCAGGUUAAAGAUAUAACUGAAGUGGAUGACAAGUGCAAGACCCAAAGACAGGGUUACGGUGCGUACAGAUGCAAAAUGUGUCCGUACACUCAUGGGACAUUGGAGAAACUGAAAAUUCACUAUGAGAAAUAUCACAAUCAACCAGCUUCAGAUAUGUUCAAGCCUUCCCUCAUGCAAUAUUCCACCUUGAAAGAUGAGGCGAUCGCUGAAUGCAGUGCCACAAGUGUACCAUCAGAGGUACAAGAGGUUAGCGAAUUCAAACUUGCUCUUACCCAGUUCCCUAUCAACAAAGGAGAGACCCAUGCUGUGUUUAGGUGUCAGCUCUGCAAGUACUUCUGCUCAACCAGAAAAGGCAUAGCUCGACACUACCGCAUCAAGCACAACAACGUCAGGGCUCAGCCGGAAGGCAAGAACAAUGUCUUCAAGUGUGCUCUCUGUUCAUACACCAAUCCCAUUCGCAAAGGCCUGGCGGCGCAUUACCAGAAGCGUCAUGACAUUGAUGCCUAUUACACACAUUGCCUGGCAGGCUCCAAGACUUUGACGGAGAAGCCCAGUAAAGUGGUGGUGCCCGUGGCAUCGGAGGCUGAAGGGUCAGAGCUGAGCGAGGAGCUACGAUUGGCCGUGGAGAGGAGGAAGUGUUCGCUCUGUGCGUUCCAGGCCUUUAGCAGGAAGAGCAUAGUUUCACACUACAUCAAACGCCAUCCAGGAGUCUUCCCCAAGCGGCAACACACCAGCAAGCUCGGACGCUACUUCACUGUGCUCUAUGCCAAAGAACCCGAACCUGUUGAAGAGGUAACAGAAGUGGUGGAGGUUGAACCGAAGCCCGAACCAGAGGGAGAGGUUGCCGAGUGGCUGCCUUUCAAGUGUCUAAAAUGCUUCCAGCUAUCCUUCAGCACAGUCAAACUUCUCUCCAUGCACUACAACGACCAUCACAGUGGCAAGGACCACAAACAGGACUUUGUCAUCCACCCCAGCCUCACGGAAGAUGGGAUGGAGACAGAACUCUAUCAGUGUUCCCACUGCGAGUUGAAGUUCCUGGGCCUUCCUCUCCUCAGCACUCACCUGAUGAACCAUAACGAGGAGUUCCAGAAGAGGGCGAUGCGGCAAGAGAGGAGGAAGCAGCUCCUUAGUAAGCAGAAGUCGUCCGAGCUGCUGGAGACAAAGCCUGAGAAAGUGAGUAGAAGAGUUUACAAAAGGAUGGUGAUUUAUCAUCUCAGUAAAAUACUAGAUGUGGCCAUUGUUUUGGACUCAGAGUAGAAUGAGACUGUGCAUAAUAACCAACAGUAUAGGGAGCGUUUUCAGUGUAUUGGGCUAACAUGGUAAUGUUACACAUAGUAUUGAUGUUUAAAGUUUUAUCGUUAGAAAUUAAAUCAGUUAUAAAGAAUAUCAGUGGAAUGAGUGUAAGGCUGUUAGAUUUACCACCUUUUCUUCCGUUUUUCUUUUAUUUUAGCUGGUGAACAAUGCUGACAAAGCACCGAUCGGCUACAGGUGUAACUUCUGUGUGGAGGUCCACCCCACUCUCAGAGCCAUCUGUAACCACCUGAGGAAACAUGUCCAGUACGGGGAGGUCAAAGAGGGCCAUGUCAAG